CGGCAUUUCACUGUUUACGCUUUUCGAUUACUAUACUGUCCCGUUGCCGUUUUUCUGCAUAUUUGUGAAAGACCAUGGUCUCCGUUCAAGUGUGGAAGGAUAUGCAAGCCAUUUCCGGACUAUCAUUUGGCGUGUUUCUUUGCAUGCAUCUUUUUUCCCAUUACAGUCUUCGCUUGUCGUUCGAAACUGCGAAUAGCCAUCUGCUCAGAUUCCGAACAAUUUAUCAGCAUCCUGUAUUUGAGAUUUCCUUGCUUUUGUCUUUGCUAUUGCACAUGACGAGCAACGUUCAGCUUUACCUCCUGCGUCGGAAAGUAGCCAAAGGAGUCAAAGGGAAAACCAACGGCAAAGACGCCCAGGGAACGACAGAGGGUGCGGCGGAGCUCAGCGCUCACAGAUAUGCUGGAUACUUUUUGGGUCUGUCUCUAUUCGGUCAUGUCGGAGCAACCCGGCUGGCUCCUUAUAUGUUCCUCGACGAUCCCUCGGAAUACGACUAUGGAUUUAUCAAAGCAGUGAACGACAAAGUUCCGUACAAUCUUUUUGCUGGGUAUCUUUGUAUUCUUGGCAUGGCAGGAGGGUGGCAUCUAAUAUAUGGGAGCCUUAGCGCAGUAUCGCAUUUGCUGGGUUCGCCACUGCUGGGCAAGCCGUUUCCAACAUCCGUGAAAUAUUUUGCCAUGGCCAGUCAUGUUUUUAUGAUUAAUGGAAUCGUUGCGCUUUGUGGGUGAGUUAGUCGUCUUGGCG